UCACCGAAUUAUAACUCUCCUUCACUUGCUUGCAUCUAUCGCUCACGCAAACCAGACCGCAGACUUUCAUUUGUGUUUUUCCCUCCCUUCAUAAUUAGCAGCUUCACAUUUUCUGCAAUGGCUGCCUGGGGAUUAUUCAUCGACGGCGGAAAUUUGCUUCCAGUCCCUGGCGAUGCACAGUUUUCCGCAGAACACGGUUACGCGCAGGCAGGCAAUUCCAAUAAUUUCCCAGUGGAUGACCUCUUAGAUUUCUCCACAGAGGACGACGACGCCAUGACCGACGGUUUCUUCCACCAGCACACUGCUACUGGCGACUCCUCCACCGUCACUUGCCUCGACAGCUGCAACUCCUCUGUUUCCGGCGGCUGUAACUUUGACGCUACAUUCACCGCCUCUGAAAUUUGCGUUCCGUAUGAGGAUCUGGCGGAGCUGGAAUGGCUCUCAAACUUCGUCGAAGAAUCGUUCUCAAGCGACGAGUUUCAAAACCUUCAACUCAUUUCCGCCGCCAACGUUAACUGUACCACUACAAUUGCCGCCGUCCACCACAACAUAACCGGAAACAAUAGUUCUCCUCCCCCGGAAUUUCCGUACGAUGUGUCUGUUCCCGGUAAAGCACGGAGCAAGCGUUCAAGGGCCUCGGGUUGGCCUUUCCGGCUCCAACAACUCCCUUCCGCCACGUCAUCCUCCGACAGCAGCGGCGGUUCAACGGAGCCCGCAGCGAAAAGAGCGGCGUGUAAGAGAAGAGAGAGCAGUGAAAUUGUCGGGCGGAAGUGCCUGCACUGCGCUUCUGAUAAGACUCCACAGUGGCGGACAGGCCCGUUAGGCCCAAAGACACUCUGCAAUGCCUGUGGGGUCCGCUACAAAUCGGGUCGCCUCGUGCCCGAGUACCGGCCCGCGGCGAGCCCGACUUUUGAGUCAGCCAAGCACUCCAACUCCCACCGCAAAGUGGUGGAGCUCCGGAGGCAAAAGGAGUUCCGGGGACAUCAUCAUGAGCAGCAGCAGGUGCUGCUGCUGCAACCGCCGCCGGUGGUGAGUCAAGCCUCGAUUUACGGCGGAGAAGAUUACUUGCUUCAGCAUCUUCUUCAACAAGAAAGUGGGUGCACUGAUUUUAGGCACAUGGUGUAGGUAGUAUGCGCAGCGACAUUAGUGUGCGCACCUUUACCUUUUUUUCAAGCUUUAAGUAACAAACAACCCUUUUCCGAUUUGACCAUAUAUAUUAAUUACUCCGUAUAAUUUUUUUUUUGAAUUUCUAGGAGGGAAAAAAGAAAAGCUAUUCAAGUGGGAAAAGGAAAGCAGAUAUAUAAAUUACAAGUCCAUGGUAGUGAAUUGAAUUUUGAAUGAAUUGCUAUUGCUAUAUAUCUUAUCAUUGUUAUAUGAUGAAGUAUAUAUAAAGGAAAUUUCCAUCUUUACUACUCCGUAGUAUAAUUAUGAUAAGCUGGAUUUCAACAAAUUACAAAUUAUUUUUAGUAACAGUUUAGUCACUUUAAUGAGUAGUGAGUGCUAUUUGAAACCAUUUUGUAAACUCGUGUUGGCGAUAUAAGUAAUGAAAAAGCUUCGUUUUCUUCUUA